GAUGCGUUUCUGAGACAAUUUUCCACCUAACACCCAAACACACGUUAUUCUCUGUUUGCUUCGCCUGCAAGAGGCAGAGUCGAAGAAGAAACACACUCCAAAAAAACCCUAACCCCCCUCUCUCUCGACCACCGCCGUCGCCGCCUGAAAGGUCACUAUUUCCGGAAAUAAAAACAACAAUGAGUGUGAGGUUCAGGUUUUCAUUCUUUCCCCCGCUUUCUCAGCUACCAAACAGGGACGAUUAUUUCGUUUGAUCCGAGGAAAUUGUGAAAGAGAUACCAGAUGGCUUAUAUGCAAUAUGGAAGAAAUAUCCUCCGCCACAUUGUUAAAGAUGUGGGUUCUCAAUGCUCAGAUCGGGUAGUGAAUCCGCUCCUAUAUGUUUGUCAAGGAGUUCGAUACAGGAAGUUGGAGGUUAUUCUUACAACGAACAUAGAUAAGCUGGGCAAAGCAGGUGAGACAGUGAAGGUUGCUCCUGGGUAUUUUCGCAACCAUUUGAUGCCCAAGUUGCUUGCAGUCCCAAAUAUUGAGAAGUUUGCUUAUCUCAUCAGCGAGCAGCGCAAGCUUUACCAACCUGAGGAAGUGGAAGAGGUUAAAGAAGUUGUAGAGACUGAGGAAGACAAGAUGAAAGAAUAUCAUACUGCAGCUAAACGUCUAGAAACUACUAGAGUGGCUUUCAGGAGGUUCAUUAAGUUUGAAAAGGGCCAGCCUGUGAGGAAGGGUGAACCCUUAGAGUUGCGUUCACCCAUCACAAAGGAUGAUCUUGUGGCAGAGGUGGCAAGGCAGCUUUCCGUGCAGGUAGAACCCGAAAGCCUGCAUCUACCUUCUCCUUUGACGCAUGUGGGAGAGUUUGAGGUGCCGCUCCGACUACCAAAGUCCAUCCCUUUGCCGGAGGGAAAGGUCCGCUGGACUCUCAAAGUUAAAAUCCGCUGCAAAUGAAGAACAAUGACUUAGCUAGAUAGGCUGUUUCUCUGAUUCUCUUUUAUCUUUGAGUAUUGAAAGUUCUUGUGGAAUUUGUUUUUGUAUCCUCUGGAAAAAAAUAUGGAUGCCUGUUAUCUGUAAGGGUCGGGAUUUGUUCCUGUAGAUGGGAAAAAUUGCUUUUGAAUAAAUGAAUGAAUGAUUAAAUCUGA